AUGGUUAAAAAGGUUCUUCUCUUGGGCUCUGGCUUCGUUGCCAAGCCAACUGUCGAUAUUCUUUCUGCUGACAAGAACAUUGAGGUUACUGUUGCUUGCAGAACUUUGGAAAAGGCUCAGCAAUUGGCGGGCUCCGUUGCCAGUGCCAUUUCCUUGGAUGUCAAUGACGAGAAGGCUUUGUCCGACGCUGUUUCCAAGUUUGACUUGGUGAUCUCUUUGAUUCCAUACAUCUACCACCACUUGGUCGUCAAGGCCGCUAUUGCGCACAAGAAACAUGUGGUGACCACUUCUUACAUCAACCCAAAGUUGAAGGAGUUGGAGCCUCAGAUCCUCGAUGCUGGUAUCACUGUUAUGAACGAGAUUGGUUUGGACCCAGGUAUCGACCACUUGUACGCUGUCAAGACCAUGGAGGAGGUGCACAAGGCUGGCGGUAAGAUCAAGUCUUUCUUGUCCUACUGUGGUGGAUUGCCUGCUCCAGAGGCUUCUGGAAACCCAUUGGGUUACAAGUUCUCUUGGUCUUCCCGUGGUGUGUUGUUGGCUUUGUCUAACUUCGCCAAGUACUGGCAGGAUGGUCAGGUUGUUGACGUCAAGUCUGAGGACUUGAUGGCUACUGCCAAGCCUUACUUCAUCUACCCAGGUUUUGCUUUCGUCUGCUACCCUAACAGAGACUCUACCACCUACAAGGAGUUGUACAGCAUUCCUGAGGCCGAGACUGUUAUCAGAGGUACUUUGAGAUACCAGGGUUUCCCAGAGUUCAUCAAGGUGCUCGUUGACUUGGGCUUCUUGAAGGAAGCUGAGCACCCAUCUUUCGAGAAGGCUCAGCCUUGGAAGGAUGCUUUGGCCCAAUUGAUUGGUGCUGCCUCCUCUUCCGAGCAGGACAUUGUUGCCAAGAUCUCUGAGUUGACCAACUUCAAGAGUGAGGAGGACAAGGAGAGAAUCAUUUCCGGUUUCAAGUGGUUGGGUCUUUUGUCUGACAAGCAGACCAUCCCAAGAAAGAACCCAUUGGACACCUUGUGUGCUACUUUGGAGGAAUUGUGCCAAUACGAGGAAGGCGAGAGAGACAUGGUCUGCUUGCAACACAAGUUCGGUAUUGAGUGGGCUGACGGCACUCAGGAGACCAGAACCUCUACUUUGGUUGACUACGGUGACCCUAAGGGCUACUCUUCCAUGGCUAAGUUGGUUGGUGUUCCUUGCGCCAUUGCUGUUCAGCAAAUCUUCGAUGGCACCUUAUCUAAGAAGGGUUUGUUGGCCCCUAUGACUGGUGACAUCAACGAGCCAAUCAUGAAGGCAUUGAAGGAUGACUACGGUAUCUUCUUGGUCGAGAAGACUGUCGCCUAA